CUGUAGUUCAGAGGGCGGAGCGAAUUAGGCGCGCGAUGUCACAACAUUUUUGAACGUAAACAUGGCGGAAGACUCCUCGUCAACAAACAAUCGCGGGUCUGUCGCCGCUAUGGAAACGACAAAUGAGCCGUCACCCAAACGGUGUCCAUCACCCAGUGCCCCAGAUGGCAUCCCUCCGCAAAAGUCACCCCGUGUUGAAAUGCCGUUACCUGGCAAACAGACCGAAGAAGCGCAUCCGGACAAAGACGUGCUGGAAAUGGCUUUAGAAAGUGCAACGAAACCUGAGACUUGUCUGCCCGUAAACACUGCAGCACGAAGGAAAUCAUGGAGGAGAGCCACUUUAUCCAGGCGUUCCCUGACGGCACUUUGUAACCCAGAGCAAACUUUAUCAAUGGGUAUCAGCACAUCUAUACCACAACAGGAGAGGUUGGGUAUGUUAAUGGAGUCUGCAAUGAAUUUGUCCUUGGAUAAACUUCAGAAUUCGCUCCUGUCUGUGCCGAAUUCGUCGCCAGAAUUAUUUCGGAAAAAAGUCGAGAAAUUGAAGAAAAAGUCCAGUUCUGUAACCGAAGCCAUUAGCAACCAACAACAAAGUCAAAGGACGGAAGACUCUAAAGUGCGGGCGAUACGAUUAUUCCAAAAUACCAUUAACAGGAUUCAAGCUGAAAUUAAUUCUUGGGAAACUCUCUCUCAAAAACACAAGAGUCAGGCAGAAGAAUUGGAAAGGAAAGUAGCUCAGAACCAAAAGGAAGUCAUCUCGUUGGACGACGCGUGUACGAUCAAGUCCAAACAGUACGAGUUAAUUCGGAGUAAACCUGACUACAAUGGCCUCUUGAGUAAACGACGGUCCAUACUAAACACUGUCACAUCUGUUAUGGGCACUCAGCAUAAAAUCAAUCGAGCGCUUCAGUCCGUCAAGGAGACGUCUCAGUUGAUGCUGAAAGAGAUUAGUGGCAGAUUGGCGGCGCACGCGGGAUUUCAGGGUCAUUCUCCCGAUCUUAUUCUGGACCUAAUGAUGACACUUUGUUCAUCCACAAGUACAAAGUAACACGAGUUGGAGGCAAGCCAACAAAUGGACUCUUUUUGUAUAUAACUAUAUAAACCCACAGUAUGUGUAUUCAUAGACUUCACCAUCAGAUUGGGAAGUCUAUGGUUUAUUGUGUAAGUAGGCGUGUUUUUUUACGUUGUCAUGCUAGAGCCGUAACUAGUACUUUUGAUGUAAUUCAUACGUGUGUCCAGCUGGUGGCAGUGGCUGUCUUGUAAACCGUUGUUCAAAGCAAGAGGUCUGGUGUGUAUUUAAGAAAUGCACUCUAGAUCUCAUUAAUAAAUAAUAAUUGGGAAAAAAAACUCAAAGCUUGAUGUCAUCACUAAACGCAUGCUGUUAAAAACUACAGAUAAAACAAAAAGCAAUUCAAAAAUCAGACAAAACCAAUGAGACAUUUAACAAAAACAAGUCAUAACAAUAAUAUUCAUAAUAAAAUUGGCAAUUUAUUCAUUAUGCUCAAAAAUGUGUAAAUGGUCAUGUAGACCACAAUAUUAACGUUUGGUAUACAAAUUUGGAUGCCAGGUUUCAUUUAUAACUAUGUUUAUAGCCCCCGAUAAAACUAUAAAGUAGUUCAAAAAAAUUUUUUUUUAAAUCUUCGUACCGUAAUUUUCCGACUAAUAGCAGCUACUUUUUUCCUCUCAUUUUGAAUCCUGUGGCUUACAGUCCAGUGCGGCUUAUUUGUUGAUAGCUAACUUUAUUUGACAGCGGCGUCAUAAGACGGCCAUAAGACAAUUAUAAUUAUGACAUUAUCUUGGGCAUUAAUGAAUGCUUAUGACAGAUGUGAUAAAGUGUAAAUUAUGUCACUAACUCCAUUGAUGUCCAGCUCUGACCUUUUACAUCCAUUCAAAAGGGAGAUAAUUUGACGGAUGACACAAAAUAACUGUCUUAAGGAUUCAUUAAUGCUCAUGGCAGUGUCAUGUCAUAAUUAUGAUGGUCUUAUGUAGGGCUGCAGCUAUCGAAUAUUUUAGUAAUCGAGUAAUCGACUGAAAAUACUAUCGAGUAAUCGGAUAAAACAUAUAUUUUAGGUGAAGAGCAAUUAUAAAUACAGUGGUACCUCUACAUAGGAUCACUUCGACACACGAUCUUUUCGACAUCCGACGUAAAAUUUGAGCCGCCAUUUGUUUCUACAUCCGACGAGUUGCUCGAAAUACGACGACAUGACAGCACUGCAAACGAACGCACGGUGGAUUUUCUUGUGUGAGAAAUCAACACAGUUUUCAAAAAAAGUUGAUACAGUUGGAGAAACAAGGAAAAAAGUGAUGCUUACCUUUGAAAUGAAGAUGCAAGUUAUAGAAAAAUAUGAGCUUGGGGUGCGCGUCCCUGAACUGGCUCAACAAUACAGCUCCGUGGUCCUCUUCCGACCACCGUUCGCCACUAUUUAUAAGUUAAGGUGACAAUUAUUAUUGUGGUAACAUUGCCAAGGAAAUCGCCAGCUUCGUCACGUUUUUAUCAUUUAUUUAAGAACUUAUCCAACACAAAACGCCCAUUGUCUUAAGCAGUUGACCGCUCUCAAGAAAACGAAAGUAUUAUCUCUACCGCACCCACCUAUCUCACUGAGACGUCACCUUCGUGGUGCGUUCAGGGACAGUAAAAAGUGUCCGCCAUAUUAGAAUCCGAUUCAUUACAUUAUUUACAGGAAUAAUUAUUAAUUAUUCUUCUUAUUAUUAUAUUAUUCUGAAUUAUUUAUUUAUAACUUAUUUGUUUUUCUAUGUUUAAUUGCCAUUUGUAACAGUGCCAGCAGUAUUUAUUAAGAAUUUAGUGUAUGUUUUUAGGCUUUGGAACGAAUUAAUGGAAUUAUAAUGUAUUCCUAUGGGAAAAUCCUGCUCGACAUACGACCAUUUCGACUUACAAACAAGGUCCUGGAACGAAUUAAAUUCGUAUGUAGAGGUACCACUGUACCCUAAUUUUCGCACUAUAAGGCGCACCUGGCUAUAAGCCACAGCCCACCAAAUUUGGCCCGAAAACUGCAUUUGUUCAUAGAUAAGCCGCACUGGACUAUAAGCCGUAGCUAUCCUCACUGUUUUAUGGGAUAUUUACACCAAAAGAUAGUAACCGGUCACACUUUUUUUGACAGCGGCAUCAUACGACUGUCAUAAGACCAAAUGAACCACCAGGAAUCUUUGAACCAAUUGGCUGCAAAGCUUCAUUCCUUCAAGAAGCUUCAUUGGGCCAUCACUGCUCCCUUGGUGGAGACAGGCAACCUCUGCUGCCACCUGCUGUAAACACUGUUGUCAUCCAACAUGCCUCCUAGCAUGCAUUGUAUUGUACAGAUAUAUAUUUUAAUUAGGGCUGUCAAAAUUAUCGCGUUAACGGGCGUUAAUUAAUUUUUUAAAAUAAUCACGUUAAAAUAUUUGACGCAAUUAACGCAGAUGCCCCGCUCAGAGAGUUUUAAAUGACAGUACACAUUGAAACGCUCACUUGUUGUGUUUUAUGGAGUUUUGCCGCCCUCUGCUGGCGCUUGGGUGCGACUAAUUGUAUAGGCAUCCAUGAGCAUUGAGUAAGUAAUUAUUGACAUCAACAAUGGCGGGCUACUAGUUUAUUUUUUGAUUGAAAAUUUUACAAAUUUUAUUAAAACGAAAACAUUAAGAGGGGUUUUAAUACAAAAUUUCUCUAACUUUUACUAAAAUUUUUCUAUUAAGAACUACAAGUCUUUCUAUCCAUGGAUCGCUUUAACAGAAUGUUAAUAAUGUUAAUGCCAUCUUGUUGAUUUAUUGUUAUAAUAAGUAGUCCUUAUGUACCAUAUGUUGAAUGUAUAUACUGUAUCCAUCUUGUGUCUUAUCUUUCCAUUCCAACAAUAAUUUACAGAAAAAAAUGGCAUAUUUUAUAGAUGGUUUGAAUUGCGAUUAAUUAGGGUUAAUUAAUUUUUAAGCUGUAAUUAACUCGAUUAAAAAUUUUAAUCGUUUGACAGCCCUAAUUUUAAUCAAAAUUCAUGUUCUGUGCUAAUUAUUUCUUCAGUUACUGCUCCAGUUGUUUCAUCAAUUGUUAGUUAUGGUAUUUGCUAACACUUUAUUUGACAGUGGCGACAUAAUAAUUAUUGACACUGUCCUGAGCAUUAAUAAAUGCAUUCAUAAAUGCUUAUAACAGAUGUCAUUUAGUGGUAUCCGGCAAAAGAUUUCACUUUUGAAUGGAUGUAAAAAUUCAAGCUGGAAAUAAAUGAAGCUAGUGACAUAAUUUCCCGGAUGACACUUAAUGACAUAAGCAUUCAGUAAUGCUCAUGAUAGUUUCGUGUCAUAAUUAUGACUGUCUUAUGACAGUCUUAUGAUGCCGCUGUCACAUAAAGUGUUACCUAUUAACUCAAAUAAAUCAACAUAUAAGCCGCACUGGACUAUAAGCCACAGGUAUCAAAAUGAAGGAUAAAAGUAGUGGCUUAUAGUCCGAAAAUUACGGUAUACAUGAGAAAACAAAACAUUUCAUCUAAUUUUGAACCAUUUUCAGUCAAUCAAUGUCUUUAUUUUCGAUGUAUAUGUUAGGGUCCGCGAAGGCGGAAACAAGGUUGGACCUCACAACAGACGACUGAAGGAAGCGUACAAGGGUUUAUUAAAUACAACACAAAAAACACGCGAUCGCGGCAAAAAGGGGAAAUAACAAAACGGGUCCGUGACAGGAGGUCAACAGGGAUCAAUAUACAAACACGAAGGUAAACCAAGGUGCUAGGCAGAGCCAAUAAAACAACCAAAAUACACUCACAUACCUGCACAAGGUAGAGGCAUACAAAACUAAAGUCACAGGCGACCAAAACCCACGGAGGGGGGCGAAAUGACCAAAAUAGCAAGUUACUCGAAAUGCAAGGAAGUCUAAAUGGCGACCAGCAAGAGUAAUAUCUCGGCAGCCUUCUCAGAGAUCACCAGCGCUUAAAUGCCGUGUUGAUGAGCCGGCAUUGGAUUCAGGUGAGACGUCGGACACGCCCACCACGACCAGGUCUGCAACAAAAACACAAUCCAACCAGCAGCAGAACGUGACAGUAUAUUGUUGAAAACAGCCAACAAUUGCAUCUUAGAUGUAACUAGAAUUUAAAAAAAAAAAAAAAAGACAUUCACUGCUUUCACUCAAAAAACUUUUAGAUUUUAUUUUAAAAAAAUAUAUGUAUAUAUAUAUAUUACCUAAAAAUGCCGUUACACUUGAUCGCUUACAUCACUGAAAAGUUAGGAUUUUUUCCCACGUGUUUAAAUUGUAUUUCUAUUUGUUUGAAGCCAUUUUUAAGUUCUAGUUAAGUUUUAAGUUAGUCUAAACUCUAAGUCCUGAUAGGAUUUUGACUUUUUGCAGUGUUCAAAAUAAAUGAAUGAUACAGGCUGUAUUGGAGCACAUUAGGGACCAGUGCUACUUGGUGUUUUAUCCAGCAAUGACUACUGAGCUAAAAUUGAUGGUUAGCAUUAUUAAGUUUUUAUUUUACACCCUCAUCACUCCACAAUGCUAUGUUAUGUUAAAGCCUGUAUGUAAGACAGGUUAGCCACGCAUCGACAGUGGUCAUAAUUAAUAGAAACCUUGCCCUCCGCAGGGCUAACGUUACGCGAGCUAGUGACAGUAACGUUAAUCUUAUUUAUUAGCGCUUAGCACUCUUUAUUAGCACUUAGCGCUCUACUGCUUUAAGAUGGCGGCUGUUUACUACGCGGCAGAGUCUGUCAUUUCGCAUCUAGUUCAACAUACAUGUGAUCUCUAUGAGAUGCUACCUGCUACCAACGUAGCAUCGUGCGGGCUAGUAUUUAGCAACAUCGGCGUCGUUUGUAGCGGCUGUCGGCUGCAGUAAGUGUU